AUGUCCAACCUCUCAGCGACAGUUGCCGAAAUCAACAACCGCACCAGCGCGGCUCUCAACUCCCUCACCCGCCUCCACUCCCUCCUCCAACAGCAACGCACCCACUCCCUCACUCUUGAAAACGAGCUCGCUGCUCUUAGCACUGCCGCCACCACGCACCUCUCCGACCCGCCCCCCCUCUCCGCCGCCGCUCUCAGCUCGCUCUUAGCUAAGCACGCCGGGCAGCUUUCGGCAAAUUCCGAAAAGCUGACCGAGAAAUUCAAGCAGGAACUUGUGGACGAAGUGGUUUCGGUGAAGGAUAUGAUUCUGAGAGUGGCUGGGCCAGUGGCACAAGCAGGACUGAGGCUGGAGCUUCAAGGGGAGCUGGAAAAGGUGACAAAGGGAGUCGUGGGAUCGGUGUCAGCGGCAGUGGGGGAGCACAGCAAGGAGACGGUUUCGGAACUUAGUAAAGCGCUGGUGGAGAGAAGCAAAGAGGCGGCGGUGGAGAUAGCGAGGAUAGGAGAGAAGGCAGCGGCUGAAGCUGCAACGGCUGCUGCUGCUGCUGUAGCUGCGAAGCUGGGGCCAGGGGGAGGGCUGAGACAGGGGGUGGGGGGGAAGCAGGGGGGAGUGGAUGGGGGGAGUGAAGGGAAGGAGCUGGGAAAGGAGUUGAAAUCCCUGCAUGAGUCCCUUCAAAUGUCCAUCAAGGAAGCAGCAGGUCGCGUGGCUGAUCUGGUGCAGCAUGCAGAGCAGAUUCGAACCCACUUGGCUGCUGCGUCGUCUUCUGGCAACGUGAACAGUGUGGUGAACAGUACAGUGAACAGUGCGGUGAACAGCGCUGUGGAGCGGUUGGAGAGGGUUGCUCGGCAGCUGGUGGAACGAGGAGGGGAGAGGAGUGAGAGAGGGGCGGGUGGAGGAGGGGAGGAGGCAGCGCGGCUCAAGGCGGAGCUGGAAAAGAAGGAGGAGGUGAUAUCGCAGCUGCAGGCGCGGCUGUCAGCAGCAGCGGGUCACGGAGCACUGGGGGGGAAUGCCCAGGCAUCUCAGGGCACGCUUCCCCGAUUUGGUGGCUACAGCUUCGUCCACUUCAGCUCGUACCAGGUGGGGGAGGCGUCCUUUGCAGCGCUGGGAGUGGGGCUGCGAGCAGCAAGAGACCUGCGCCGCGCCCACCACUGUGUGUGCGUUCCGCCCUUCCCGCCCUUGCCUGUUCCCCGCCCUUGCUUCCCCGCCCUUGCCUACAGCAGGGAGACGACCUACGAGACGCUCAUUCUGCUCUGCUCCUUCCCCUCGCCCAUCCCUGCUGUCAAUGAGGGGGUGGUCGGGGCAGUCGUAGACGAUGAGCUCAUCCCACUGCUGCUAAGGUGGGUGCUUACUGCUAAGGGGGGUGCAAGCAAGCACUCUUUAUCAGACACGCCCCUGCGCAUUCUGCUCUGCUCCUUCCCCUCGCCCAUCCCUGCUGUCGAUGAGGGGGUGGUCGGGGUAGUCGUGGACGAUGAGCUCGUCCUGCUAUUGUUAAGUUCUCACCAAGCCAAACCACACUCCACUCCCUCUCUCUCCUCUCUCUCCUCUCCCUCCCUCCCUUACCACACCACGCUCUGCCUCGCCCCUCUCUACGGCCCCUCCGUCCUCCCUCGCUCCCUCCUCGAAUUCCUCCACUACCACUUCCUCCUCGGCGUCGACCACUCCACACUCUACGACUCAGGCGGCGCCACGUCAGCAGUCCGCGCUACGCUGGCCGCUGACGUGGCGCGGGGCCGCGUCGAGAUCGUCGCUCUCGACGGAAUCCGGCCGUUCAAUCCGUGGAACCACGGGCAGAUCCUGGCCCUCCAUGACUGUCUCUAUCGCGCCCGAACCACCUCUCAAUGGGUCCUCUAUUUAGACAUGGACGAUUUUCUCUACAUCCCUCCCUCCGCAACCCCUCUCCCCAUCCCUCCCCUCCAAGCCUUCCUCUCCCGCUUCCCCUCCCCGUCGCCCCCAUCCUCCUCCUCCUCAUCCACCCCUGCCACCGAAGCCGCCGCCACCAACGCAGCAGCAGCAGCAGCAGCAGCAGCUUACUCACCAUCCCACGCACCCGCACAGCCCGCCCCAGCAGUCAUCACCUUUGGCUCGCUCUGGUUCUCCGUGCGUCUCUGUCGCCCGCGGAUCGAACACGAAGAAGAAAUCCUAGGAGUCCCGCAAUACACGCACGAAUACACAGACUACGACGAGGCAAAGAAGGCGCUGCUGCCGGGAUCUGCGGACGAGGCGUGGGGCGGGCAGAGGGACGAUGAGUUUCUGGUGGAGCGGUUUGUGUUCCACUGGCCGGAGCCCGCGUGCCAUAGUAAUGGCGAGGGCGGCCGGUUUGUGAGCCCCAAGAUGUGCCUCGGGGAGCAGGGCCACCGCAAGUACCUCGUAGACCCGCGGAGGGUGGAGCGCAUGGGGGUGUUUGGGCCGCACAGUGACGACGCGCCCACAAUGCAGCUCUUAAACCUCAGCACGGACGAUCUGCUGCUGCUGCACUACCGCGAGCUCGGCUUCGUGAGCGACCUGCACGUCUGCAACGAGACGGUGCGCGUGCGCGACAACGUGGGGUGGUGGCACAACAGCACGGUGUACCCGCGCUCCGUGUGGCAGCUGCGGCAGAAGGUCCACUGCAAUUUCACACUCAAUGGGUGUGAAGACCCCACUUUUGAAGCCUUUUCACGCUCCUAG